AUGCUAGAGAUCAACCAUACGGCCAACUACUCUUGCGCACAUUUAAACCGCCAACUGAUCAGCAUUCUAUCCUCACUCAAAGUACCUGAUUCUGUGUUUUUGGAUAUCCUCGACGACAUGGUCCAUGAUGUAGACAAGAUGUUGACAGAUCCGUUGCAAGCAUCUCGCAUCUUACGCGAAACGGCUGAUGGACUCGGUAUUCAACAUGCCAUGGCCAAGAUCGUUGAAGCUGGGUUUUUGCAACGUCGCGAUCCGUACAUCAAGAACUUACUCGAGGCAUUCCGUGUCGCUCGACUCAAGGAAGCAAGGAAAAAGGCUCGCAUCCCCGUCAUCAAAGGCGUGUUUUUGAUGGGCGUACUGGAUGAGACUAAUACCUUGCAGGAGAACCAAAUCUUUUGUAAAUUUAUUGAUGGCGAUUACAACGAACAGACGCUGACAGGCGAAUGUUUGGUGUAUCGUUCACCAUCUUUGCAUCCUGGUGAUGUGCGAAUGUUGAAAGCCGUCGAUAUCCCUCAAUUACGCGACUUGUGCAAUGUCGUCGUGUUCCCAGCUCAAGGUGAGCGAGAUAUCCCAAGCAUGUGCUCAGGUGGAGAUUUGGAUGGCGAUUGCUACAGCGUUAUCUGGGACAAAAGACUGUUUCCUCCACCUGAUUAUCGAAACAUCAUCCCAAUGAGCUACACGGCACCGAAGCCUCUUACGUUAGCAGAUGAAGUCACUAUUGAUCAUAUCAAGGAGUUCUUUGUCAGCUUUAUUAAGCUAAGCAACCUUGGCCAAAUCGCAAAUGCUCAUCUUGCCAAAGCAGAUCGCUCCCCCGAUGGCGUGUUUGACUUUGGAUGCAUACAGUUAGCAGAGUACCACUCCAUGGCUGUCGAUUUUGCAAAAACAGGCGUGCCAGCUGAGCCCAAUCCAAGCCUUUUGACAAUGCCCAACCAAAGAUAUCCAGAUUUUAUGGAGAAGAAGGACAAACCAUCUUACGAGUCGGAAAAGGCGUUGGGCAAACUAUUCCGCAGGAUUGGCCACAUCAAGUACCGAGAAUACCGUGACACGUUAUGGGACGUGAAUACAGAUGGUGUCUAUUAUGACGCACGCAUCCAAGUCCCAGGGAUGGAAAGUUACAUUGGCGAAGCGAGACGUUUAAAACGCUACUAUGACCGUGAGCUACGUGACAUGAUGGGCCGAUUCGGCGUCAACAGCGAGGCAGAAAUCAUGUCGGGCUGGAUCAUCAAGUGGAUGCACAAGCGACGCAACGAAAGGUUGUUUGAAGUACAACAGCAGGCGCGCAAGGACAUGAUGCGAAUGAAGACCCGUUGGUACCAUACCGAGUUCUCUGCGAGUAAAAAUAUUGCAAUGAAACAGGAGGAUCUGGAGGCCAAGGCCGCUGCGUGGUAUUAUGUCGCAUAUCAUCCCCACGAGCAAAGACGACAGCGCGAGGAAGGCAAGCAGUUUGACAAACGAUACAACACCCACGAUGAGGAACUGUUGAGUUUCCCUUGGGUUGCUCAGAGUAUUUUGUGUGAACUUGCAAGGAAGCGAAUGGGUAUCAGUAAUACCAAUAGUGCGUAUCCUACGUUUGCAGAAGAUGUCAUUGCAAUGUAUGAUCCGGGUGAGCCUCCGUCAGACCAAGAAGAUGACGAUUACUCGGAAAGCGACUACGGAUCCGAAUAUGAACCGUAG